AUCUCUCUCAGGCCAAGGAUGCACCUAAGCUGCAAUUAAUCAUUGAUCAGGAAAUUUGUGAGUAUAAAUGGCUGGAGGACCAGUUUGUCUUUUUUUUUCCGCCCUAAGUGUCCAGCAAGAAGUGUGCUGUGAUUAUCUCAGCACCCCCCUGAGUGCUGCUGGAAUUGCGGAGGGAGAAAAAUGAAGACGGUGACCUUAACCAUCUUGCUCCUGGCUGUAAUAUCGAGCCAUGCGAUGAAGAGAGGGCGAGAUUACAUGAGAGAAAAAGUCUGCCAAGAAUUCAACAACUUAGGGAAAGACCACUUCCGAGCUGGAGCAAUUAUCUCGAGCAGCAAAAAAUAUUCCAACGCCACGUAUGAGGAAAUCCUGAACGUCGUGCAUGAGAUUGUCGCUAUAGCAGAGAAAUGCUGCCCGGAAGGAGCUGAUGCUAACUGCUAUGAGAAUGAAUCUUUAGCCCUCUCUGCCAAAUCUUGCAGUGAUUCUGCUCCUUUCCCCAAACAUGCGGGGAUAGAGGCCUGUUGUACCGAAAAAGGCCUGGAACGGAAGCUCUGCCUCGCCGCCUUGAAACACCCUCCGAAAGAGUUCCCGACAUACGUGGAGCCCUCGAAUGCCGAAGUGUGCGAGGCCUUCGCAAAGGAUCCCCAGGACUUUCGAGACAGAUAUCUCUAUGAGUAUUCCACAGACUACAGCAUCGCCCCCCUGCCCGUUCUGGCAGCCUCUGCAAUGAGCUACAUAUCCAUGGUGGCAACCUGCUGUAUUUCUGCUGUGCCCAGAAUAUGCUUCUUAAGAGAGAGGCUGAACCGGCGGUCUCUUGCGAUACUCACUCACGUGUCCAACAAAGCCUGCUCCCACUAUGAUUUGUUGGGGAAAGAGAAAACGAAACUCAGCUACGUAAUAAAGUUUGCCCAGAAAAGUACCAACGCUUCCUACGAGGAUGUCAUAGCCCUGGCCACAGAUGCUUCGGAAGUACUUUCCAGGGCCUGUAAUCCCACAGCCAACGUCAGCUUCGAGAGAGAGUUGUCGGAGCACACCGCCAAAAUCUGCAGCAAGCUCUCUGCAAAAGACCAAAGGUUUGCUGAUUGUUGUGCAGGUGAAUGCACAGUGAAGGCAUAUUUCUGCAUCUAUUCGCUCCCGUGGGCCAAAUCGCCCCACCUUCCAGAUUUUCCUCAACCAGACGAUGAAGACCUGUGCAGGGAAAAUUAUGGAAACCUGAAACCUCUUCACUAUAUGUUUGAGAUCGCUCGGCGGUACACGUAUGCCCCAGAAGCGCUUUUUACAGCUUUGAGAGAUUCUUCCAGAAGUAUUGUGGCUAACUGUUGCAGUGACGACGACCCCAAAGCUUGCUUUGCUCUGAAGAGACCACAAAUGACCGAACAGUUAUUCAAUUUGCUUGCCAAAGGAAAUGAACUGUGUUCAGAAUACACACAUCUUCCGUUCCUCGAAUUCAAGAAAAAGCUGAGAGAGACGUAUAGCGAGGCAUUUCCAGAGACCACUGAAGAAAUCCUUUCUGGGCUGGUUGAGCAGAGAGCCAGCUUUGCUUCCACCUGCUGCCUUGUGAAUGCUCCUCCAAUAUAUUGUGGCUUGAAGGUUAAAAGUGGAGUUUCUCAUACAUGUUCCCACAAUGUAUGCCUGCUGCACUGAUGGUUUUAUUUUUUAAAAAACAAAACUCUCAAAGCAGCUGACGCUUGUGAUCAUCUGCGUACGACUUACUAGACAUGAAACUAGUCACUUUCUGAUUCAAGCAAACCUCCGUUUCCCUGGACUGCCUGCACCGAUAUCCUGAAUCAUCUUUCCUUCCCACAGACUGAAAAUCCCAAUAAAGCUAUAAAAAGUA